GAAAGUCCUCAGAAUACUCAAAGUCCCACGGGAGUCUUCAGGAGUCCUGAGAAAUCCCUUGAAAGUCCCACCUGACUCCUACAGGACCCCGUGACAGGAGUCCCGUGGGAGUUUUACCGGGAGUCUCGACUAGGGAAUCGUUUUUAUGAAAAUACAAAACAUUUAUUGUGAAUUUUUGAAAAAUACGAAAAAAUAACCGAUGCACCCCUAUUCUGAACGUCAUCCAACGUAAAAGGCUUUUAUCAGAACAAGUAUUUUGUUUUCAAGCAAUGCUCAAAUACGUGACGCUGGUAAACUGCGUUAUAAUCACUUGUAUUGUAGCGCUCCAUUUUUGUAUUUUCUUUAAGGCAAUGAAAUUUAAGAAGUCGCACCAAAAAGACAUACAUGUGCACACUGUUUUGGGAACUAAACUAGAAAUUUGCCCCGUAAGUGAGCGGUAACAGAAAAACAUUAGCUUGUCUCAAGUGCUGCUGAAAUGGAGUGUGAAAAAUAGUGAAAUACUAAAUCUUCAAGGAAGGCAACUCGGUCACAAAAUCUUAAUCAUGAAGUGCCCUCGUGGGCGGGAAAGGUUCGAAUUAAAUUUUAUCCUGCCAUACAUAACUCUUGAAAUUUAUAACGGCUGAUCAAAAACGCGCAUCCACAAAAGCCAGUAUUGAUUUAAAUGAUGUUUUGUACUUUUGUGUUUCUUAAGCGGAAUCACCAUAAAGCGCUGAAAAAAAAUUUUUUGAUCCUCUUUGGGUUUGGUGAAAACUGAACUAAUACGGCGACAAAUGCGUUUUCGCUUUUUUUCCGCAUUCUGGAAAAAAUUUCCGCUUUUUCGGCUUUUUAUAAUGCUGACGAUAUCAAAGAUUUAGUUAUCAAUUUUCUAGAAGGUUGAAAAAGAAAAUCAAAAUUUGUUGUGUGCUGUAUAAGAUUAUGAACCAUCAGAUAAAAAUUUAUAGUUAAUUUUGCAUAAAUUCAUCGUAAAUAUGUCUGUUAAUUAAGAUUACUUCAUUUUUUUAGAACGUGGCCAAGGUUUGUCUAUUCAUCACGGUGAUCUGACAACUUUACAAGAUGAUUUUAAUACUACAAUAAUCAACAGUAAUUCAAAUACUAGUCAUCCUCCUAGAACAGCAAGUGCUAUUAUUAAAACUCCAUAUUGGUUGUCUGAUUAUAACGAACGCACAGGUUUAACCGGUGAAUUUCCCAGCGACUGUGUCUAUGUGAAUAAUCAACAAAAUGAAAAUUUAUUGACUGAUGGAAAUUAUGGAGCAGAUUUUCAUGUUGAGCAUGGUUAUACCCUAGAAAAAUAUGCUGAAUCAAACUUUCGAUUACCAUCAAAACGAACAUGGUCAAAUACAUUUGCUCGUCGUGGUUAUAAUAAUAGUGACAAAAUAUGGGCCUUUCAAAACGGACCGUUAAAACAACCACUACUAGAAAGAUUACAAGAAAACAAAGAUUUAAAUGGAGAAAGGUAUGCCAUAUUUGAUCCAGCUUUAAAACAUCCUGGGACAAACGGUCAACAUGCAUUUUAUCAAUUAAUUCACGAAGGGACAAAGACAAAGUUGAUUCCAUGUGAUUUUAUUGUACCAAUUGAAACACAUAAUCCAAUUCGUAAUCAUAUACAUCAUAAAAUAUUAUUGGCUAAUUUCUUAGCACAAACGAAAGCAUUAAUGCGUGGUAAAACAGAAAAAGAAGUUGAAGAUGAAUUUCGAAAAGAAGGACAAGAUAUGAAAGAUAAUACGCUGAAAUAUCAUAAAGUGUUUCGUGGUAAUCGUCCAACAAAUUCUAUCAUAUUACCGCAUAUAACACUCUUUACAUUAGGCUAUUUAAUUGCUCUUUAUGAACAUAAAAUAUUUGUACAAGGAGUUGUUUGGAAUAUUAAUUCGUUUGAUCAAUUUAGAGUUGAAUUAGGAAAAAAAUUGGCAAAAAUUAUCCUACCUGAAUUAGACAAAACUAAACCGGUGACAGCACAUGACCCAUCAAUAAAUGGAUUGUUAAAUUUUAUCAAUACAUAUCGAACGUGGGGAUCAAAAGAAUCGUAA